CGCGUCGACAACGCGUCCGCGUCAAACCACGUCUUCACCAUGUCUGAUAACAUUGCCCAACUGCGCACGGAGAUUAAGACCUGGGAACGCGACUUCAAGCAGCAGCACGGACGCGCGCCGUCGGUACAGGAUAUCAAAGAUGAACCGGGCAUGGCCGAGAAAUACAAGCUUUACAAACGAUUGACGAAGACUGCGACAUUCAGUGCUCCUAACGCGAAGAGUAGUUCGUCAGAUCCCCCCUCGACCCCACCCCGUUCUCAACCGGGAUCUUCCCGAGCAUCGGUCAUACUCCCACCCAAAGGGCGUGCCGUGCAUGUCGCACCGCCAAGUUCGACAACCAAUCCAUUUUCUCCAAGCAAGAAAGGGAAGCAGAAAGACAGGUCGCAUGUAUUUGUACGCGAUGGAGAGCGAUAUUCCAAUCCAUUCGCCACGCCGACCAAGUCGAAGGUCGUUCGGAGAGCUGCGUCUCCCGACCCAUUCCCCCUAAUCCAACCAGCACAACCCUCGACACCUAAAGAUCUACAUCCUCAUGAUCCUAAGAAUCGGGCCGUCGAGCGAGCUCGUAAACGUCUUCGUGGCGAACCGGUGUCACCAUCACCUGUCAAGGAGAAGCGGCAACGCGUCGGAACUCAAAGCGUCCUGCCAUUCGGCAAACUAUAUCAGUCACAAUUGCCUUUGAGUGACGAAGAAGAAGACAGCAAGCAAGGGUCGACGGACCCGUCCUUCAUCUUUGAUACACCUGCCAAAUCGUCAACUAACGGCAGAUCCUUCAAACUACUCUUCGACGAGGCACCUACACAGAACGAGAGCAGUGUGAAACCCAGGACGGCCCUAUCCAGGUCCAAGACAGUACCUAACAACGGCCAUUUGUUCCCAGAGCAGAGAAAUAAGCUCAAAGCAGC